UCACUUGGUGACACACGUCAAGAUGAUGCUCUCAAAAGACUACAUUUUGAUUUUGAUAAGGAAUGAAACUAGGAAUUACUUCAUUAUUCCAAGUUUUCAUAGUAUGCUCCCUUCCCAAACCCACAAUUUUCAGCACGCCCUCUUGCUCAAGCCGUAUUUAUUGCCAAGGAAAACUUUUGCAUGUGGUUCAAUUACUAAAACCAUUCAAGGACUCCAAGCAUUUCGUUGACAUGAUGAUGAAACACGACGAAAAAGUAAUUCACACGAAUUUCAAUAAUCUUGUCAAGAAUACAAAGAAUAUCACGAAAAAUGACGUGAAGGAAUUUAUCAAAAACAACUUUGUGAUGGAAGAUGAAUUGGAAAUAUGGCAUGAGGACGAUUUCAACGAAAAUCCGGAAAUUCUGGACAGGAUAACAGUGCCAAAAUAUAGGAGAUUUGCCAAGGACCUCAUGCCAAUAUGGAUUUUUCUUGGGAGAAGGAUUAGGAGGCAUAUAUUGCAUAAAGAAUUCAACUCUAGAUACAGUAUUAUACCUGUGCCAUAUGGAUUUGUUGUCCCUGGUGGAAGAUUCAGAGAGUUCUACUACUGGGAUUCAUACUGGAUUGUGGUAGGACUUCUAAACAGUGAUAUGGUGAGGACAGUAAAGGGUAUGUUGGAAAAUUUCUUAUGGUUGGUGGACAAUUAUGGUUUUGUCCCGAAUGGUGGUAGAAUUUACUAUUUGAAUAGAUCUCAACCGCCCCUUCUCCUCAUGAUGGUAAACGAGUACUUCAAGGUUACCAAAGAUACCACUUGGUUGAAGAAAAACCUCCCACUCAUGGAGAAAGAGCUGAAAUUUUGGCUGGAAAAAAAAUCUGUCACCUUCCAUGUUAACAAUACAAGAUACACUCUGGCAAGAUACAAUGUAGGCAGUUCAACACCAAGACCUGAAUCAUACAGCGAAGACUACCACACCUGCAGCGGCCUCAAGCAACUCAGUCUCAGAGAAAAAUGUUACAGGGAACUGAAAUCAGGCGCUGAGAGUGGCUGGGACUUCAGCUCACGUUGGAUGACCGGCAGGAGGACUUUGUCGGAUAUGAUGGUCUCUAGCAUAAUCCCAGUGGAUCUCAAUGCUUUCUUGGUUGAGUCUUUCCACAUAAUAAGCGAGUUUUUCGGGAUAGUCGGCGAUGACAACAAAAAAAAACGAUGGGCCAGUGUUCACGAGGCCUGGAGGAAGGACUUGCACCAGCUUUUGUACAAUGAGGAGGACGGAAUCUGGUACGAUUUCAACAAAGCUACCUUGAAACAAAAUAAGAACUUCUACCCAAGCAAUUUCGCACCAUUGUGGGUGAAUAUGUUUCCAGACAGGAAUAUUUCUCAACCCCUCGGCAAAAAAGCGAUCAAAUACCUCAUAAAGCACAAUGUCUUCAUGUACGAUGGUGGUAUACCGACGUCUUUGUACGAAACAGGGGAGCAAUGGGACCUCCCUAAUGCCUGGCCCCCCUUGCAGUCUUUGAUAAUACUUGGACUGCAUAGAUCUGGAGAUGCAACGGCCAAACACUAUGCAAGACGGUUGGCCGAACGUUGGAUAGAUGUUAAUCAAGCACUUUUUGAUAACUCCAUGGUCAUGUACGAAAAAUAUAACUCGGAAUUUCCUGGAGAAGCUGGUAGUGGGGGAGAAUACGAGGUGCAGAGUGGUUUUGGUUGGACCAAUGGCGUUAUUCUAGAGUUGAUUGGGGAGUUUUUCGUUAGGAAAAAGGGGGAAUUGAGGAGCUCAUCCAGAUGUAAUUCAGCUAUUCAAGUCAAUUCUAUAAUUUCAAUAUUAGUUUUCAUCUCCAGAUAUAAGUUGUAAGAAAUAUGUAUCUAUAAUUUUUCUGAAGA